CCACUUUUCCCGAAAAUAUCAUAUAAAAGUACCCGGUGCCGUCUGAAACGGGUUUAGAACUUUUCGCGGGUGAUACUAUUUCCUCCAUGGUCAAGUGUGUGAUAUUUCUCACUCUGUUUGCGGGGGUGAGGUGCGUCGACGAAAUUUUGAGGGCCCAGCAACCUUUGUAUGGCAUGGCGACCAUGGUCGACGCGUUAGUCAACGCAACCCGGUGCUUCAAGGAUUUGAAGCAGUUUGCCGCAGCUGUGGAAGAUAGGGAAGUUUGGGCACUGAAAAUUCUCGACGCGAGCGGCCGACCACCAUCAGGUUUCCUAUACGGUAACAACUUCUGGCUUGGUUCACAUUCCCAGUGCGUCGACAUAGCCAACACAAAGCCUCUAGAGGUCCGAAAUGACAAAAUACCCCGCCCCCGAACCCCUCACGACUAUCCUCCCUUCCCCCUAGCGUUCGGCAGCGUCUCGAUGGUCCACAACAGCACUUUGCAACUUCACACCAGGAUGCCGAUGGAGUGGACUGUACACUUGGGACUUUGCGUGCCGGCUUCUUGCUCGGAGGAGGAUAUAUUUGACACGUCCCAGGCAUAUUUUGAGGGCCGUUACCUCGAAUUUCAGCGAGUCUAUGAGGUCAAUAUGAACGUCACGAAAGUUAGGCGCUUGAAGGAAGACGUGUUUUGGCUGUUGAGGUUGCCCAAGACAAUAGUGUUCAUGGCUUUGAUGGGUACGAUUAUGGUACUAACGGUGGCUGGGACGGUGUAUGACGUUAGAGAGCACAACAGGGAGAAAAACAUCGUUAGAGGUCACAACUGCGGGGUCUCCGAAAACGGAAAGGUCUUGUCCCAGGCGUUUUCCUCAGCAGAACUAGUGACUUCGUCGACGUCUACUUUAAACCUCAACAACCAGAACGUUUGGGGCGAGAUCCUGAAGUGUUUCUCUUACUACACCAAUGUCAAACGAUUCACCAAGACCAAGGUAGGAUCCGAUUCCGUACCCGUUAUUCACGGUCUUCGGUUCUUGGGCAUGGGGUGGGUGAUUCUGGUCCACACGACUUUUUACCAAGCGGAUUUCGUGGCGAACGUCCCGUACGCGUUCAGGCUGACUGAGAACUUCAUGGCGCAGAUAUUCUCCAACUCCACGUACGCGGUGGACACGUAUCUGUUUUUGAGCGGUUUCCUGUUGGCCUAUUUGUUUUUCAAGAAGACCAACCCCCACGCGACGCACCACCAUACGGACUACGCGAAAAAGGGAAGGCAGUUUGUAAUGAUGUUGUCGAAUAGAUUUUUCAGACUAACACCCACCUACGUGCUGGUGAUGAUGCUCUGUGACGUUGUACACACGUACUACAGCGAAACGUCCACUUUAACAACCAGCGAAAAGCCCGAGGUGUUGUGCGACAGGUUUUGGUGGCGGAAUUUGCUUUACAUUAACAACCUAUAUCCGAGAUCGGAAAUGUGUCUAAGCUGGUCGUGGUACCUAUCCCUGGACACCCAAUUUUUCGCGAUCGGAGCCUUCCUCCUCCUGCUCUCGACGGUCUGCUUCAAAGCGUCGGCCAUAAUCGUCGUCGGGCUAGUUCUCACCAAUAUCGUCGCUACCGCUUACAAGUCGUACUCUAUUGGAUAUAUUCCAACCAUGGACGAUCAGCUGCAGCAACUAGACGCUAUCUACGACUUGCCUUGGAACCGAAUAGGGGCGUACCUCGUGGGCAUCGUCGGCGCUUACCUGUUGGUGAUCAGACUCGACGGAAAGUUCGUUUUGAGGGAGAGGACUCGGCUGCUGCUUUGGACGGGGUUCCCGUUGAUCAAUUUGUGGAUCCUCUUCACCCUCUACACCAGGCAAGUGUCGGUGGAGUUUUCCGCGUUUUACAUGGGCGUGUCCCGCACUCUGUGGGCGGUCGGGAUAGCUUGGCUGGUGGUGGCUUGUUCCACCAGGAACGCCAGGCUGCUGGAGAAGGUGUUAUCGUUCAAGGGGUUCGUGCCUCUCAGCAGGCUCACGUACUGCUCGUACCUUCUUAAUCCGCUGGUGGUUAACAUGAUAUCGUUAGGCUCGGAGGACCGCAUCUACGCGUCGAUACCCCAAUUCGCGAUCGGAUCCCUCGGGAUCACAAUGAUCACAUUUAUGAUGGCGUUCCUGUUCUCGAUGCUGUUCGAGUCGCCGUUCAUCCUCUUGACGAAACUGGCACUGAACAGAUUCACUCCGAAGGUGGAGGGACCUAAGGAGGAAACGCAACGUUGUUAGCGAAGUAUCGUCGUAUUGAGUAUCUCGGGGAGACCAGUCGUUUAAAAAAUGAGGAGAAACCUCUGGGCAACGCAAACGAAGGGGAAUGCAAACUGUUCCGGUCAGCCUAUUCGUUUCUCAAUAAUAAGUUUAGGUGGUAAAACUCACAAGCCACAAUCAAAUUAUCGACAUUUUGUUCCAAGCUAUAUUAAAAAAGUGACCAAGGGUCAAGGGGUUUCAAAGUUUUAUUUUUGAUUUUUUCCGUAUAAUUCUAAACUUACCUGUUCGAUUUUGAAACACGUUUAUUUUUAAAAAAGCGAAACGCCUUUGUUUAUCGACCCUAAUUAUUUUUAAACAGCGUGAACCGACUAGCACUAAAUUAAAACGGAACGAAAGAAAAAAAAAACGAUAAAAAUUACAAUAAAAGACAGAGAUCUCCACUGGAGAAAUAAUAAUAAAAUUUUGAUAUCGUGCAUGUCAAAAACGAUUCUUUGAGAAAUCACCCAGCCUUAUAUUAAAUAACACCCUGUAUGGGAGAUUAUAAUUCUCUUGAUGUACACCGUGUGCCAAAUAAAACGAUCCACUAUGCGAUCUGGAAACCUAUAGGAGAUGCGAAAAAAAGUUUCGUACAAAAGUUUCUUGAUACAGGGUGUCCCAAAAGUGUCCCCAAACCCCCCGACAUAAUCUUUGUUAUUUUAAACAGAACACCUUGUAUCUUUCGUCAUUUUUUGAAUCCUUAGUUAAAAUAAAGGUCACUUUGUUAAGAAAUUGCUAUUCGAAUUUUGCAUAGUUGUGACGCUACUGAUCCAGGUAUACUAAUGCUAAUCAGUUUGACAGAUGCGCCUCAGCUUGUACAGGGUGUUCCAAAUAGGUGGUGCCGUUUUGGCGAAUUCAAUUAACAAAAUCUCAAGAUUUUCAACUGGAACACACUAUAUUUUUAUUCAGAUAUCAAUUCUAGGAUAAAAAAUAAUAAUACACUUGCUUACUUUUUGAGAUAUUCGAGGUUUAAGAUAACACCCGUAUGAAUUGUUGAUUUUAAAGCUGCCCCCAUUAGGUCACUUGUUGACAAUAUUAGGUAUUAGCAAGGACAUGAUAUAAGAUAUAAU